UUGACAUAUUUCUCAAAUUGUCACCAAUGAUUACAAAAUUUACCUUCAAUAAUUAAACUGUUUUUAUCUGAUUGUUACUGGCCUACAAUUAUUGGGGUUUUAUAAAUUUAUUAGAUAAAUUGAAAUAUUUAAACUAUCACAAUGACAAUGGGCGAUGAAUUGCCUGUGACUUCUUUGGUAUUACCAGUUUUAAUUCGCCCUGUCCUAACGCAGCUGGAGAAAUAUGAUCUGGCUGCCUCUCAGACAUUACGAGCAGCUCUCACCAAAGCAGAGGCUGCAGUACCUGGUCUUAAUUAUGAUUUGGUGGCAGGAAUCAUGAGGAGAGCAGAUAUUCCUGUUAAUAUGAAUGAGAGCUUAUUAAGAUUACAAGGGAGUCUCACAGAUUCAGAAUGUACUGAUUUAAGGCUGAACAGGACUGAAGAGGCAUUUCAGGAGCUUAAUAAGAAAUCUGCUGCUUUGAAAAAGAUACUGAGUCGCAUUCCAGAUGAGAUAACUGAUCGGAAGACUUUUCUUGAGACUAUCAAGGAAAUAGCCUCUGCCAUAAAAAAAUUACUGGAUGCUGUAAAUGAGGUAUCUACAUAUACUCCAGGUCCUGGGAAGCAAGUAUUAGAACAGAGGAAAAGAGAAUUUGUAAAAUAUUCAAAGCGAUUUUCUACUACACUCAAAGAAUACUUUAAAGAAGGACAAGCAAAUGCUGUUUUUGUGAGCGCUCUUUAUUUGAUUCAUCAAACAAAUCAGAUACUGUAUACAGUAAAGAGCAAGACUGAGUAAUAUGUGAAAAAUGGAAAUAGAUGUUGAUUCUAUGGCGCUCUUGCAAAGAACUUACUAGAAAAUUACUCUCACUAAUGCCUAUGUUGUUAAACAAAAAAAAAACACUUUUUCUUCAUAUCACCUGAUGUCUUCGAAAAUUGUUUUUAAAAAUCACACAUUAAGCUGUUUAAAGGAAUUGGGAAAAUGCUGUUUUUAAUUAUGAAUAAAAAAGCUGAUUUUAUGUUUGACGAAUAGUUAUCUUGAUGGUCACUUAAUUAUUAAAAAACUCUAUAUAUGUAGUUCAAAAAUAUUGAAUUUUUGAACUAGACUUUUUUAAAUUUAAUUAUCACAUACAUGGAAAUGGGAUUUUACAACAGCUCGAAAACCACUCGCCUGUCCAUCUUCUUGGUGGGAUUAUUAUUCCUGCUACCCUAACAAUUCUAAACAGUUGAUUAAUCUUCUUAUGCAACAACAAAGGGAUCUUGAGGUGCCAAAGUAUUUUGCCUCAUAAACUGCGGUUGAAUUCCGUUCCAGUAGAACGCAAGCAGCUGGCUCAAACAGAGGACCAUCAGUAGAAUCUGUAACUUAAAAAUUAUUAAAAGGACUGUAACUUGUUAUGCCACUGUCGCCACUGACCACUGUAUGUAACAAUAUUUCUUUUAGUAUUGUCCUUUCCUGUACAUUUUCCUGCCCAGGCUGAUAGUUGUGCUUUUGUGUACCUACUGUGUGAUCGAUUUGCAUAGCCAGCUGUUGAGCAGAGAAACAAUCUGUUCAUGACUUAUCCCUAUGAUGUUUGAGUGUUUUCCUACUAGUUCAUCCGCAGCGUCAUUUCCCCGGGAGCCCUUGUGUCUAAAUUUAGAUUCAUUGGACAGCAGAUCAAAUUCAAGAAAUAAGCUUGAGGUGAUGCCAUAGCCAUUUAAGUGUUACAGAACAAAUUUGUUGUCUGAAAGUUCUUCUAUUUAUAAUUAAAGGUAAAGUGUAAAAUGACUACAUAUGACGUACAUUACAGUGUUCAUAAAUUGUUUUUAAAUUAUGUACUUACUAUGCUCGUUAAUCUUUUCUAUAUUAAAAUUUUAAAAUAAUUUUAUUCAGAAGGCUAUUUAAAAAAAAAAGGCGAAGACUUGAGAGAUGAUGAUGAUCCCUUUGUUAGAAUAUUUUGAGACAGAUAAAAAAUAAAAUUUAUAUUUCAUAAUUUCCCAACUAAAUCUGUAGAAUGUAUUAUUCCACCUCAUAUCUCAAGAUCGUUAGCAGCAUUCGAACUGUGGUGUUUGUAGACCACUCAAAAUCUGUUCAGUAGAAAAAUAAUAAAACACAGAAGACAGGAGAGGGGCGGGAGAUAGAAGACAGGAGUACACACGUACAGCAAGCCAAAUUUCUCUUUCAUAGCUAGUCGAAAAUUACACUUGCAUUUUUCAUUUCAUUUUUAGUUCUAGCUGUGUGGUAAAACUAAUGUGAUUUUAAAUAUGUUGGUUUUCUCUAUGGGUUUGUUUCUAUAUUUUAAUGAAUAAAAAUAAUUCAUCAUUGUAUGUUUUAAUAGUACUCAAUUAAUAUUUAGAUCUAAAAAUAUUGGGAAAGUUAUUAAAUGUAUCCAUUCAUUACAUAAAUUAAGUCCUAGACUAUACAUUUAAAUCAUUGUUUAUGCAUUAUAUUAGUAUAACAGAUUGCUAAA